CCUAGGGGCAAUCCACUCUAUUGUCGGGGUGUAACUUCACCUCAGGCUCAAGUUCAUCGUUUAAUGUGUUAUUACUUGUUUGGUCUACAAAGCCCGUAACAGGGUUCAUAACAUGAACGCUCUUAUGAUUUAUCAUUGAUCACUCAGAUCAUUAGUGUCUGGUCCUUGUCGGACAUGUCCCACAGCUUUAAUAUUUCCAAUAGUAUAGUUGUAGCAUCGCAUUCCUCUUAAGAAAAAUCAGCUAUAUGUAUAUAUAUUCAGUAAGCUGUGUGUGUUCAUUAUGUAUAUUCACUUCAACCUUUUUGCAUGCUUGAGAAGAUGUCAUUGUCGUCACCUUUCUGUAUUUUUUCUUUUCUGCUGAUCAUCUUCACCUUAGCCCUGAUUUCCGAAACCAUUCAAGCACAAAACGGUCGCCUUCUUCCCAAAGAAGAAAAGAAUGCUCUGAAAGAAAUCGCGAAACAGUUGGGGAAAAAGGACUGGAAUUUUGAUAUGAAUCCUUGUGAUGACAAUACAACUUGGACGACACCAAAAAGAAGUAAUUCACAGUAUUACAACAAUGUAACCUGCAAUUGCUCUACCCCUGAUGGUUUCUGUCAUGUAGAAAGUUUGUUUAUCAGAGGACAGGAUCUGGAAGGCGUGCUGCCUGCAUCCCUGGCAAAGUUAACCUAUCUGAAGACGAUUGAUCUUAACCGCAACUACUUAAGUGGUACAAUUCCCCCUGAAUGGGCAUCUACCAACUUGGAAAUCAUGGCUAUUUCUAAUAAUCGGUUAUCUGGAGCUGUCCCAGAGUACAUAGGAAAUAUUACCUCACUUGUGAAAUUGAGUUUGGAAGCUAACCUGUUUAAUGGAUCGCUUCCUGCAGAAAUAGGGAAGCUGGUCAAUCUACAGAUGCUCAAUCUCAUUGCUAAUGAUUUCACUGGAGUGUGGCCAGUGGAACUGAAUAAUCUGUCGAAAUUGACUGAACUUAGGGUAAGCAGUAACAACUUUGUCGGGAAACUGCCUAACUUUGAGAGUUGGAAGAACCUCCAGAUGGUAGAGAUUCAAGGUUCUGGAUUUGAAGGACCAAUACCCCAAAGUAUAUCUGUUUUGACCAGUUUGAAUGAACUAAGAAUCAGUGACCUGACUGGAGGUGCUUCAGAAUUUCCGCCACUUAGAAACAUGACAGGCAUGACUAAAUUGGUUUUGAGAAGCUGUAAUAUACAUGGGAAGAUUCCUGGCUUUGUAGCUGUUUUGAGCAAAUUACGUUUUUUAGAUCUGAGCUUUAACAAGCUUGAAGGAGGGAUUGCAAAUCUCAGAAAACUGACUAAAUUGGAGGCCAUGUAUCUGACCGGUAAUGCUUUUGUUGGGGCAAUUCCAGUGUGGCUUACUAGUCAAGAUACUGAAUACGGGAUAGAUCUUUCCUACAAUAAAUUCGACCAGCGCUCUGAACCAUCUAAUUAUCGGGAGAACCUAAACUUAUUUAGAAGCUUUAAGGGUGGGAAUUCUGUAGAUAAUGGGAAGUGCUUGUCAGCCGAACCAUGUUCAGAGGAGAAGUAUUCACUGCACAUAAAUUGUGGUGGAGAAAGAGUAGUUAUUGGAAACACUUCUUAUGAAGCAGAUGAAGAAUCAGCAGGUGCCGCAAAAUUUGUAUCCUGGAGAGAGAACUGGGGAUCCAGUAGUACUGGACACUUCUGGGAUCGUAACAACAUAUCAUUGAAUGACUAUAAAGCAGAUAAUUUAUCUGCUAUCAAGGGAGACGGAUCUCCACUUUACAUGACAGCUCGUCUCUCUCCUUUAUCUUUGACUUACUUUGCACGUUGCUUGGCAAAUGGAAACUACACUUUGACACUUCAUUUCGCAGAAAUAGUUUACAGAGACAACCGAUCUUUCCAAAGUCUUGGAAGACGGGUAUUUGAUGUAUACAUCCAGGACAGACUGAAGCUUAAAGAUUUUGAUAUUGAAAGUGUUGCCGGAGGAGUUGAUAAAGCUUUGAAAGAAAAGUUUAAUGUAACAGUACAAGAUAAGACUGUAGAGGUGCGCUUUCAGUAUGCUGGGAAAGGAACUACAUCAAUCCCAAGUAGAGGAAGCUAUGGUCCUUUAGUAUCUGCCAUCUCUCUGGAAGCUAUUAACUUGAAACCCCCUUCUGCACUGGAGACCUCUUUUAAUCAGAAAAAGAAGAUUCUAAUUGUAGCAGUGACUUCGUCAUUAGCUCUCAUUCUGAUGAUUCUCUUUGUUGCUUGGAGGAAAAGAAGAAACAGUAAAUUGAUGGAAAAAGAAUUAAGAGGACUAGAUCUGCAAACGGGUAUAUUUACUUUCAGACAAAUUAAAGCUGCCACAAGUAACUUUGAUUCUGCAAAUAAGCUUGGAGAAGGUGGUUUUGGAUCUGUUUACAAGGGUACACUAGCAGAUGGUACUAUAAUUGCUGUCAAGCAGCUUUCAUCCAAGUCAAGACAAGGGAACCGUGAAUUUGUAAAUGAAAUAGGCAUGGUGUCAGGUUUACGUCACCCAAAUCUCGUUCGACUCUACGGAUGUUGUGUUGAACGGAACCAAGAUUUUAUAGUUUAUGAGUACAUGGAGAAUAACAGCCUUUCUCAUGCUUUGUUUGGUCCUGAAGAAUAUCGACCAAAGUUGGACUGGCCAACUAGGCAAAAGAUUUGUGUUGGUAUAGCUAAAGGAUUGGCUUUCCUACAUGAAGAAUCGCCUCUAAAGAUUGUUCAUCGAGACAUCAAACCAACCAAUGUACUCCUUGACAAUGACCUAAAUCCAAAGAUAUCUGACUUUGGACUGGCCAAACUUCAUGACGAAGAGAAAACACAUAUCACCACCAGGGUUGCUGGCACCAUAGGUUAUAUGGCCCCUGAAUAUGCACUCUGGGGUUAUUUAACAUAUAAAGCAGACUUGUACAGUUUUGGGGUAGUUGUGUUAGAACUCGUUGCUGGGAAGAGCAACAUGAAAUAUCAUCCUGAUGAGAAUUACGUCUGUCUUCUUGAUUGGGCCCUGGUUCUACAAAGAACGGGAAAGUUUUUGGAGCUAGUGGACCCAAGACUAGGUUCCGAUUUCAACGAGGAGGAGGCAUUGAGGAUGAUUAAAGUGGCUUUACUGUGUAUUAAUGCAUCUCCAGCACUAAGACCAAACAUGUCUGCAGUAGUGAACAUGCUUGAAGGUCAUUUGGAUGACGUCGAUGAAUUUAGUCGUCAGGGACAAGGAGAUCAUGAGAAAUCUGAUGAGAUAAUUCAAGUUAACUCUGGUGAAGACCAAUCACUCUUUCACUCAACUCACACAAAGGAUACUGAUCACUCAUCUUCAACUUGCCCUUCUACAUCGUCCACCUCUGUAUAUCUUUCUUUCUGCUAAAUGUUGUAUUAUAAGUAAAAGAGCAGAAAUAAUCAUGGAGGAGAUGAUCCUACUUGAUUAUAUUUUAGGGAAAAAGACACCCUGUGACCAUUUUAAAAAUAAAUGGCCAGUGUUUGUUUUUUUGCCAAAUUGUGACCGCUCGGCCAGACAAUUCUCAAUUAAUAGCUAAUUAGAGAUAGGCGGCAAGAGAGGUGGACCGCUCACCUCAAAUAGAAAUAAAUAUAAAUAACAAUAUUUGAUAAUUAAGUUUUUUUUUUCUUUCUAAA